AUGAAGAUCACCAAAACCCCGAAGCGCAAGCCGGAGGCCAGUGCCGACGUGCUUGCCCUCGUGGCUCGGAUUGCGGAUGCGCCAGGGACCUCCCUUGCGCCGCUCCUCGCCGAGAUCGAGUCGUGGGAAUGGCCGCGUGGCGACUUGUACACGUGGGUGCCUGCCCUCAAUCGUCUCGAUACUGAGCUGGAGCGCAUCUGCACGCCAGAUAGACUCGAGCCUGUACAAAAGACACCGUUUGUGAGCGAAGACCGGGCGCUGCUGCUCUCGAUCUUGCGCUUCACCCGGAUUUUGCUGGAAAACUGCAUGAACCGUAAGCUGUAUGCGUCCUAUGAGCAUCUCAAUCGAUUGCUGGGCACUUUUGAUCAAGAGGUUCUUGAAGCGCUGCUGUACCUCCUUUUGCGGCCUGCCCAGCAACAUAGCGGCUCCGGACGGCAUGACUGGGCCAUUUCUACGUCGCGCUUGGCUGUAUUAGCCACUGCGUGGCCACCGCGCGAAAUCGGUCUUGAUAUGUCCGAUCUUGCGGCUGAACAAGCCGUCAUGCCUUCGUCCUUGCACAGCGUACAUAUUCUCAGCUACCGCGCGCCUUCUGCAGCGCCACCGGGCUCGCCGACCACCACGCCUUCAACACCGGCCAAGGCGCCCACCUCGGGUGAGGCGCCAGGACUUUUGCGUGUGCAAGUCUCGCACCUUGAUACCGAUCCACGAACUCCCGGUGAGAUUGUGCAUGCUACCCCGGAUGCGAUGACCUUAUCAGAGGAGGAGCGAUUCGAGCUCUUCCACAAAAUUCGUGUGGCCAUGGCCUGUCGCGACACAACCUCGCGAUGCCAAACGCUGGUGUGCCGUUUGCUUGCCAUUGCAUGCUUCGCGCAUACGGCGCCCGAAUCCAUGGCCAAUGCGCGUCUGUUCUUGGUCGAGCCUAGCUUAGUGCCACGUACAGCGGCUUUGGUCGUCCCCACAGAGCCGGCCAACGAUUGGGUGGCAAGUGCCGCGUUGUAUGCUCUUGACUCGUUUGGGCACUUCCGUGUGCGUCUAAGCGAAGUGUUGACGGCGGUCAAUGCAUCGGUCAGUCAUGGCCUGCUUCUCCAGCGCUUGCGGUCGAUGACAGAGAGUCUUGCGGCGAUGGCCGACGCGCCGACGCCGCCCUUGUCGACGCAUGCCGACGCCUUUAUCGAUGCGCUGAUUACCCUUGUAGCCAAUUUGACUACGACGGUGUCAGGAAGCAGUAUGGUCGUCGGCGCUGGCCUCAUUCCGCAGCUCGUCGAGAUAGCAUGCCUCUCGUCCGAGCAGAAUGCCCUCGUCCAUCGUACGUGUGCGCGUGCCAUUGGCCUGCUGGACAAUGCCAUGUAUGCCUAUCCACCGGCCUUCCAGCAAUUCACGGCCGUGCACGGUGUGGAUGCCCUGAUUUUGCGUAUCUCUGUGCAAGUGAAGCAAGACUGCGAAGCGACGGGGCCUGUUCGCUACGGACGUUUGCAUGUACUGCGCCAGCUCUUCCGGUUGUUUUACCAUCUGAUGACCACUGCGGGAACGGCCGAAGGGCUGCGUACUGUGAUUGACUCGCCGAUGUUGCCCGCCCUACGCACGAUUUUCGAGCAUCCUCAUGUGUUUGGCUCGCCAGUGCUGGCACAGGCCGUGACCAUUAUGGCCACAUUGGUCCACAAUGAGCCGACACAGCUGACGACCGUGCAAGAGCAAGGCCUGCCGGAAGCGUUCCUUAGUGCGCUGGAGGCGGACAUGGAGCCCAACGUCGAGUUGCUUACGGCCAUCACGACAGCCCUUGGCGCCUUGUGCCUCAACGAAACUGGCUUGCGUCUGGUCCAAGCCAAGCCGAUUGUCCCAUCUCUGCUGCGUGUGUUGGACGAUGCCCGGUUCCAUCGUAUCUUGCUGGACCGCGAUAAUGCUAAUGUCCUAGGCGCGUCCAUGGACGAGCUCCUACGCCACCAUCCCACGUUCCAGGAUAGUGUGCUGGACGCGCUCGUGCGUGUCGUGGAUCGUAUUGUGGAGGCAGGCCGAACGUUUCAGCCGCCCGCCGAGCCCGCGGACGCCCGGAGCUUGUAUGUACUGCCACCACGCGAGCCUUCGUUGACGCUAGCGCCGAAGCGUAUUGCUACCUCGCUGGUCACAUUGCGGGAACAGGACCACAGCGUACCACCUGCUGUGCCAGGCGACGUGAACGAGCCGUUGCAGUCGUUUGAUGUAUUGUGCCGCUUUCUGGAAGGCCUAUUUCGCAAUGCCGCGCUGUGCCGCGACUUUAUGCGUCGCGGGGGCUUGAUGCGUUUGUUGGCAUUCCAAAGUACGCCGUGCAUUGCGUACACGUUUCCAGCGACGCAGACAGCCGACUCUACGGUCGUCUUACUGCGCACGAUGGUCGAAGAAAGUCCCAGCUCUGUGAUGCAUGCUCUCCUACAGCAAUUGCAACAUUCGAUGCUCGAAUGGGAGGCGGAUUGGCUGGCUUUGUUGGAUCAUGGCACACCUGCCUCGUUCCGUAUGUUGGUGCGUCUGCACACACGUGUCCAUCUUCUUUCGGAUUUGUGCCAGGCAUUCCACCAGACCUUUACGCUUGCGCAGGCCGGCUCCAAAAUUCCUAUGGCGCUACUCAGUGCGUUACAGGAAGGGGGGGACCUCACUACACUUACGCAGCUGGGCGAAUUGCUGCGCUGUGUUGCCUGGGAAUCGAUGCAAUUGCAUGCCGCCCUAGGUUCGCAGGCGACACAUCCAAGUGUCUAUCCUGUGGUAUACAUGGCAGACCGUUUAGCUGCUGCGCUGGUCGGCUUGCUGGGUGUCGUUGCGCGACUCUGUGUGCCUCGUCGCACAAUGGAUACCGAGUACUGGCAUGUGGCCACAAACACGGCCCAUACACUCGCGCAGAUGAUGCAGGCAUGGUCGACCCUGCGGCCUGCUGUGGCGGAUUCCGAUGCAUGGGCCGAGCAUACCUACCUUAGUCUGGUCUCUGCGCAUUUGCUGUACGACAAACGUUCCUUGUCAUCGUCGCAAGUGCAUACCCUCUUGCUGCAGGCAUGUAUGGAGCAAGGCGCCUUGGAUACCAUGUCGUCGCAUGUGCGUGCCAUGGUGCCCUUGUUCACGCAGCCUCCCUCCGACGACGCAACUGAGGUAGGCAUGAGCGCCAAGGCCCAUGCAAUCAAUGCCAUUCGAGCUUACUUUGACUUGCUGGUACGCUUGGUCCAAGCGCGGCCUUUGUUGGAUGCACCGCAGCCAUCGCACUCGCCCGCCGACGGCGUGCAGCCCUAUGUGCUGCUUGUGGACGUGCGUCGUACCGCCCUGCGAAUGUGCUCGUGGAUGUGGAUGGAAGCGUGGCUGCCUACGCUGCCAUUGACCACCAUUCGCCUGUUGGUCCAAGUGCUUGGCCUUAUACUUCAAGCCGACCGUGAAACGCCACCACUGCCACGAAGCGAACCUGCCGUGAGUGAUCUUCCUUCAGCCUUGGCCGCGACACUCGCCGGGGUCUCGCUGCCCAACCAAGGUAGUGGGCCUCGCGCUUUGCCUUCGUCGACGCCCCCUGUCGACGAAACGCGUCUCAGCCAGUUGGUGGAGAUGGGAUUCCCACGUGGCGCAGCGCGGCGCGCCUUGCAGCGGUGUCACAACAACAUCAGCGCGGCCACCGAGUACAUUUUCACACAUCCUGAGCUCGAAGAUGAGCCGGAUGAGCCGACGGCCCCUAGUGAACCUCAAGGUGAGACGCAGGAAACGCCUGCUGCAGAGGCACCGGUCGAGGCAGAGGCACAACCGCCUGCGCCCGAACGAACAACGCCUCGCGCGCUUGCCGAGUCGCCUCACAAGGCCGAUCUCGAUGCGGAGCGGACUGCGUUCCGACCUCAGUUCUUCCCACGACUAUUAGAGCUGGCAGAUACACACGAGCCCUUGGUGUUUGACGCUAAGCAUGUGUUCGGCUACGUUGUGCAAGACAAGGAGCGUUUGCCUGUACUCUGGGCCUCCGUGGUGGAUCGCGUGCCGAUGCAGGCCAACGAUGCGCAUACCCCUAUGCGUUUGCAUUUGCUAGCGCUUCUUCUCACGUUUGACCGCAUUUCUCUAUCCUUGCCAUGGUCGACCAUGCCAGCGCUGGGCGAGCGUCUUUGCGCAUGGAUCGAAGCGUACACUGCGACAUCGCCCCUCUCUGCAUCGCCGACCUGGCUUGCCUCGGCGUGGAUUGCCCUGAGUGGGAUGCUGGGGUUGGCCGAGGUCCCGGACGAGACCCCGACACCGUCCAUUCUGCCGGACGAUCGCCUGGCGUUCCUCCACAUGGCACGCACACGUCUUCUUUCGCCGGCGCGUGUCAUCCUCCAAUCCGCCUCACAACAUUCGCCAAGCAUUGUUUUGGCAGUGUGCCGGGCCCUGGUCUUGCUCACACGCGACGAUGCGACGGCGCAAGCAUGGGCGCGCGAUAAUGGCGUGCGUACGCUCCUGCAAGUCUUGUGCACGCGUCGCUUUGCUGCCUUGACGGCAUACCAACGCCUCGUCGUGAUGAUCCUGCGCCACAUCUCGGAAGCGGGCGGCGCUCUCCUCCCGGCUAUGGCCAAGCGUGUACACGCAUGGAUGCAGCCCUCGUCUGGCCGUACACGCUCAGCGGAUGUAGCCAACUUGCUUAAAUCGCUGAGCUACACAGUACUUCGCCAGCCCACCGUAUUUAUCGAGGCUGCUUCGUGCCAAUUGGAGCUGGUCGAAUACGAUAAAGAACGGACGCAGGUACCUGUGCGAUUACUGCAAAACGCUACCCUCCCAACGGAGCCACAGGAGGCGGAGAGAAUGCGAGUGGAUGUGAUUCAGGCACUAUGGCAUGAGUUGUAUGGUGCCUUGUCGGGGGAGGCACAGCCUUCUGAGGCGCCUAGCGGGACCAACGACGUGGUGAUGUCGGAGGCGGAUGCACGCGAUGCGUAUGCCUACUUCUUGCUACAAUGCUCAAUGGAGCUCGUAUCUUCGUACAUGGGAAGCAAGGUCGGCCUGCUGCAAUGCACUCUGCCUACGGGCGUGCCUGUGUUGACCUAUCUGUUGCAAGAGAUUGUGCCUGUUGGCUUUCUUCAAGCGUACGACGCCGAGGAGCUACGAAAGCGCAUGGCCGAAUCCAACUGGGCCAUGUCGUUGCUAGUGGCCUUGGCCGCCGACCCUGAGCCCUCCACGGAUGCGAUGCGUGUGCCUGAGGCCUUGAUUGGUGUACGCAAGGCGCUCCUGGAUGCACUGCACAAGGCGCUCCGCGAUGCGUUGCUCUCAUCGGAGGCCGUUGAAAUUCGGUAUGGACGCAUGUAUGCGCUGAGUGAUCUGUGCCAUCGAUUGCUUACCGCGCAGCCGCAAGCGGGGUCGAAUGCGAUGAAGCGGGCGCCUGUGGUUCUGCACAUUGCCAAGACUAUGCUGGAAAAAAACUUUGUGCCGCUACUCACGCAAGUACUGGCAGAUUUGGACGUGCAUACUCCGUCUGUGCGUUCACUCGUGGAUGUUGUGCUUCGUCCGCUGGAGCAGCUGACAAAGAUGUCGGCCAAAGUCGCCAAGGCUGAUCGACGUAGUGCGCGUGCCCGCGAGCCAUCGGUCAAUGCGGAUACGCCGUCCUCGCCAUCCGUCAUGUCUAGCGAUGGCCUGGUUGACGACUCCUACGAGGAGGGUGACGAAGACGACAUGCCGGCGCCCGACUUUUACCGCAACUCGUCUCUAGGCAUGCAUACCGGUGAAAUGGAGCAGGGCGCGUAUGAUGAAGACGACCUCAGCGACGAUAUGGACGAUGAAGAUGAGAUGGAGAUGGAGGAGUAUGUGAGUGAAGAAGAAAGUGAGUUAAGUACCGACGCGGAAGGUCUAGAUGGUGACUCGACACAUGUUGUGGAAGUGAUGGAAGAAGACGAUUCGGGCGCAGAGUCGGACAGUGUUGAUGUGGACGAUAUCGAUGAAGAUGAUCACGACAUGGAUGACUUGCAUGAAGACGACUUGUACGACUCAGAACUGCCCUGGGACGAAGAGUCGGGGGAUGCCUUGUCGCUCGAUGAGCAUGACUAUGACUAUGUUGUCGAUGAUGAGGGUGAUAUUGAGGUGGAUGCUAACAAUGGUGGUGGCGUCGACGAGAUUUUGGAGGCUCUAGAUGAUAUGGAGGGCGGUCAAGACGACGAGAUGGACGAUCAUGAUGGCAUAGACGAUGAAGGUGAUUCGGGCGAUGAGUUGGGCCCGGGCCCGAUUCGGCCCCUCGAUAUGUCGGAAGACCUGCGGUGGCCAUCGCGUAGCCACGACGACCGAUUCGGUGCGAACUGGUCGUGGACGCAACUCCCACGCUCGUCUCGUCGUACUGGCCCCGCGAAUGGGCCACCUACGUUCUUCGCCCUGCCGUCGUCAGAGACGCCAGCGCCUGCACGUGCAUCACACACAUCAUCGCGGCCUACGACACACGACCAAGAUGCUGGCUUCCAUCCCCUCCUAGUGGACGACCAGCCUUCGUCCUCCGACGGCGAUGGACCCACAUGGGCUCGCUCUGUAGAGGCGCUCAUGGGCGGUGGCACAAUGCAGUUCCUUGAGAUGUUCUUGCAGCGAAAUAUGCCCAACGGCGCAGACGCUAGCAUCCGCAUUGAGCUGGAUCACGGGCAUGGCACGCCACGUAUGCAGAUCGCGAACAUUGGAGGUGAUAUCAACAUGGUACCUGCCUCCUCCGAUCCUUCGGCGGCAGACCCGCCUGCGCCCAAUGCACCAGAGGCAGAAGCCCCUGCAUCGGUUGAUGUCGUGGCCGAGUCGCAACGCUUUACGCCAUUGUCCACCGAAGCGCGACGUGGCGAAGAAGCGCAUGUCCUGCUGGGCAAUGCAGCUGCGGAAUUGGGCUCAGCACUUCGCACACAAUUGGUGCACCGUCUGCUGCCCGCUUACGAAAAGCGCAUGCGCGACACUUCGACCAGUGUUGCGCAGCGAUCCGCCUCAGACUCAAAGCGCAAGCUCGAAGCGAUGGAAGACUAUGAAAGCAAUACGCCGCCACGUACGUUGCGUGAGAGCGUCACAAGCAGGCUGUUUGGACCAAGUGUAGAGCUGCCAGAGUCUGAUAUUGACCCCACGUUCCUGGAAGCCCUCCCUGAGGAACUGCGCGAAGAAGCUAUUCUUAGCCAGCAGCUCGGCGCUCGGCUCGCACGGGGCUCGCAAGGCCUUGCACGUGACUUCUUGGAAGUGCUACCACGGAGCCUGCGUGCCGAGCUGCAACGGGUGGACGAGCCAACGGCCGGAUCUGCAACGACACAGCCUGAAUCGCAGUCGUCGUCGGCCAACCCAUCGCAAGACCGCGAAAAUGCACAGGAGACGCACGCGCAGCCACGCGAAGCCAUCCAAUUGUUGGAUCGCGCUGGCUUGGCCUCCUUGGUCCGCUUGCUCUACUUCCCUUCGCUCAGUUCGCGCUCAUCUCUUUUGCACAAGGUGCUAGCGCAUCUGUGCGAGAACGCACGUACGCGAGCUGACCUUAUGCAGCUGCUUCUCAUGGUAUUGGUGGAAAGUACCCACAGUACGAGCGCCGUGGAUCGCUCAUUUGCUGCCGUGAGCAGCAAGGCAUCCAGGCAUACUCCUCAGCGAGGCACGCCUCGUCGUCCACCUACCACGCCCACACCCUCUGCCUCUGGACUGCUGCCUACGCUACCCACGCCCUUGACGCCCAUGGGCGAAGAGGCACCUCAUUUGCUGGCAUCGCGCAGUCUGGAAACCCUCUCUCAUCUUGCGCAUGCUCAUUCGCAAACGGCCCUAUACUGCCUGCGCGAAGAUAAGCAGAAAAAAGGGGCGAAACGUGUGCCUGUCUAUGUGCUGCUAAGCCUAUUGGAGAAAGAUGCUAUCCUUUCUCAUGCUCCGCUUGUGCAAGCACUAGUGGCCCUUUUGCACUCGGUGACCAAGCCGCUGACGUACAUUCGUAAGGAUGCUGAUGGUGCCUCGUCCUCUACCGUGGUGUUGGGCGAGCCGUAUGAGGGCGUAGAAAUUGCAGCUAUCCCCGCAGAACGAAUGGCUGCCAUUGUUAAGCCACUGCAUACCCCCAUGUCCUCCAAAGCUUUCCAACACACACUGGGCGUCGCUUCCCAUUUGUCGCACAUGCCGGGUGGUAGGGAGGCCAUCAGCGAAGCGCUGCAAAAUGCAGCUACCAAGGCAUCUCACUCACUUGUGAACAGUUUGGAUGCUUUAAUCCAGUCCUUGCCGCCGCCACCUCCCGAACAGGAAACGGACGAUGACCAAGGUCAGGAACUGUCCAUUCGCCCUCCUCCUCCUCCCCCACCUACGCUGCACACGUCUUCGGAGCCACUGGCCAAACUAGCUAGUCCUACUAGUGCGCAGGCCGAGUUUCUACGCUGCCUGCGCGCGCUGGACUACUUGUACAUCCGCAAAUAA